GACAAGUUGAUGUUGUUGCCGGUGUUUUCGCGUUGUUUCUCUUCGAUGUGUUUGUGACGUUCAGGGUUUGCAAACUGCUUUUAUUUAGAAACAGAAAAAUUUAAGCUCUGUAAGCUUUAAUAAGUAAAUAUUCAGGAUUUCUGUGGGGUGGUAUUCAAUUGAAAACUGUACUUUUCAUCGUAGCACAUCUGAGCAAUUAGCCUUCUGGUAAACGCUCCAUAUUUAUUAUAUAAUAACAUUAUGACUGAAAAGAUCAAUUCUUCGUAUGCAGAGCCACCUCCUCCAUAUACCACUGCACCUCAGCCUGCAGCAUAUCCUGGAGCAAUGCAGUAUGGAGCCAAUGUUGCUGCUGGACGGAAUAUAUUUCAAGGGCCAGUCCAUCCACCACCUCCAGGUGGUGUUCCUGUUUUUCCAAUGGCUCCAGGGUAUUAUCCUCCUACAUCUCAAACUGUUGUUGUUAAUGCACCUCCAGGAACACCUUCAGGCGUACAAUCUGUAACAGUAUUAAGUGUAGCUCAGUGUGGUCCUUACCCAAUGCAAGUAACUUGUCCUCAUUGUUCUGCACAUGUGAUGUCUGAAACAACUGCUUUGCCUGGCUUAUUAACUUGGUUAUUGGCAGGAGGUCUGAUUCUUUUAGGGUGCUGGGUAGGCUGUUGCUUGAUUCCAUGUUGUAUCCCAGAGUGUCAAGAUAUUGAACACCGUUGUCCAAGUUGCAAGCAACAUCUAGGCACAUUUCGCAGACUGUAAUUGUGAAUAUGGGGAAAAGAUGAAAGUAAAGCUUUCUUGCAACAGUUUGUGGAUUUCAACAGUAGCUGUGUGAGCAUAUUACAUGCAAAGGAUAUUUUUUAUGCUCUUUUAUUCUAGUGCUGUGUAAACAUGUCCAUCUUGUGUGUUAUUUCUUCAAACUGGUAAAGAUUUAAUGUGAUACAUAAUUUAAGCUUAUUGGAAACUUUAACUCCAAGUUUGCCUUUGUUGUUAUUUAUUUUUGCAUUUCUUACAAAUAUGGAUUUUUCAGUUAGAAUAUCUAGCUUUCUGUAUUUUGAAAAUUUUAGAGUGUUUCUGUUUAAAACUUUUGUAUUUUGGUUAAAAUAUUUUAUGUGUUAUAUAUAAUAUACAUUAUAUUUUGUUUAACAUGUGUUACAUCUCUAGUCUUCAAAGCUGUUUGUAGCAAUAUUUUUGAUGUUAACUGUGUUGCUUAACAAUUGAAAGUAUUUCAGAAAUAUUUUUAAUAUUAUAUACAUUUUUAUUAAUUACUUUAAAAAUUUUAUCCUUGAUGUGAAACUGGCAUGUGAUCAAUCUAAAAUGUCAAAGCAGUGACAUAGUUUAUAAGCGUAUCGAAUUUGUGCUUGAAUAUUGCGUUUUGCUAUUAAUAUGUGCUUUUUAAAGAUGUUGCAUGCUGCAUAAGAAAUUAUUGUUAUGCGCAGUAUUUUCAGUGGUCAUUGAGUAUAGUCAUGUAAUAGUUUUUUUUUUUUAAUUUUAUUUUAUUAAUUGUGCAUGUUUGUUCUGAAGAGAAUCACUUUUUAUGCUGUGAAAAAUUACUGAAAAUAUUUAAUUCGAAAAGGAGCUGCAAAAGUUUUCUGUAGUAGUUCAGUUACUCCCCCCCAAAAAUCAACAAUUUUAAAAUGUUUUGCAUAUGGAAUUAAAUACAGUGUUUCAUUCAUUUCACAUGUGUCUUUAUAAAGAAUAAUUUAUAUAUAUGUGUGUGUGUGUGUGUCUAAAGCUUGAGAUGUAGCUUAUUUCCCAAAAUAUACUACAUUUUGCAUUUUUGCUAGCUAGUGCUUACAAAACUAAGUUUGCAAUAAUGUAUGAGUAUUUGGGGAAUCUGAUUUAGAAUAUGUCUGAAUAUUGUAUCAAAAUAUAAAACACUCUUCAUAUUUAAUAAUAUGAUUAUUUAACACAUUUCAUCAAAAGAAUGAAUUUAUACAAUAUUCAAACAUUUCUAAGUUAGAGAGUGAAUUCUUUUAUUAAAUGACAAUAUUUUUUCCUAAUUACAGUGAAAUUUUAGACUACCUUUUUAUAACAGAUUGCUACUUGUUACUUUGGUAAUCUUCUUAUUUAUAAAUCAUUUAAUUACUUUUCACUUCAUGAUUACUCUAGUGUAUUUGCUACAGUCUGUAAGCAGAAUAUGGUUCUUCUGAUUAGCAAAUUUGAGAUAAUUUGUAUUAUUGUCAGAUUCUUCUUGAACAAAUACAUAUGCAUUAAUAAUUUUCUCCUUAGCUCCUGAUUGGCCAAAGCCUAAAGUGAUAAUCUCUAAGAGAAGAUACCAGUGAAUUAUUUCUUCAUAUUAUUAACCUUUUACCGUGGGCUCAAAAAAUAGCUGUGUUUCUUCGCUGGGGGCUCCUGGCUCAGCGGUUAUGGAAAGGGGGGGGAUUUAUCAGAUCAAAUCUUAGCAAUGAGGUGAUUAGUGCUUUUUUGUCAACAGACAGUGAAACAGUCAGUAUUUCCUUUCAAUCCAGUUCCAAAGCCCCAGGCAUUAGAAUGCGGGAAGUAUUCUAAUCACUUUCACACAGAUGAAAUGAAGUUUUUCACAAAACACAAUUUAUUAUUUUAUCUUCAGAUGAAAUGUACAUUAUAACUAGGAAAUUUGUUCCCCCCAAAAAAUGUUUCAUUUUAUGAUUAAAAUUAAUUUUAAACUUGUACAUAGAUUAUGUGCUGAAAAAUAAGUGAAGCAAUCAAAGUUAAAUAUAUUCAUUUGUCAUAGUGUAGAGAAUUCAGUGAUUUAAAAUAUUCAAACAUUUCCUUCAAACAAUAUAUACAUCCUCAUUUAAAGUAGUAUAAUUUUUUUGAUAUUGAAGAGCUGAUUAAAUAGAGUUUAUUUGUUACAAGUAUAAUUUAAAAAGCAUUUUCAAAUUUCCAAAUGAGUGUUAUUGCUUGUACAAGUCUGGUAAAAUUCAUUUCUGGAUAAAUAGAAAUUGGUCACUGCAUUUGUGAACGACACAUGCACUAACAAAAAUUUACCAUUGCAUGAGGUGUGAAUUUUUUUUUAAAUAUUUUUCUUCUAUGUGACAUUGCAAAUACCUGUCCCAGGCUUGAUCUGUCUUUAUAUGAGGGAUAUAAGACUUUUUAAUUUUUUUAACCACUUCAUAGUUUUUGGUUCAGGAAAGAAAUGCAGAAGCAAACGCUGGAACUUUGGAAAAUAAAAUCCUUGUUGAGUUUUAAUGUAUUCGAUAACAAAAAUUUAGUUUUAUCACUUAAAGAUAUUAGAUAUUACUUUUACCUUAGAAGAAGGGGAAUAGUUAGUCGUUGAUUUAUAUUGCUGUUGCAUAUUUUAUUUGAAUGCAAAAUUGCAUAUUCAGGAAUGCAUUAAAAUUUUAAAAAAUAAAGAUCUUUAUAGAAUCGCAAAAUAUUUUGGUUUUUUUUUUUAUGAGCUGCAUUUUAAGAAAGCUAAAAUAGUCUUUGAGGUAUCACAUUGUUUUGCAAAAUUUUUUGAUCUCAAGCUUUUUAUUGUUGCUUUCUUUGGGAGUAAUGAAGAUUUACAUUGAGUUGAUGAGUAUUAAUGAAGACUCGUACUGGGAAUUAAGUUCAGGGAGCUAAAAAAUGGUACACAUCUAAUUUCCUGUGUACAUGCUUAGUAUCCUAAUAUAUUGUUUGAUUCCCUCCAAAAUACAAUUCUCAUGCAAAAAUUAAUUAUUUUUUUAACACUACCUGUGACUCAGUGGUCAAGACUGCUGGAUACUGGUAGUUCGACUAAGAUUCUAACCCAGGCUGGCUGCAUAGUUGAUUUUCCUCGUUUUCUCCAUGUGAAACGUGAAUACAAGCCAUUUUCCCUUAAAAGUUCUUCAUAAAGGCACCCUUUGCCUUAGGUAGACAGCUUUGUGGGCUUUCCCAUGUUCAAUUAACUUAAACUAAUGUAUCUACUUUCUGAAUGAAUUGAUACAGAUAUCAUAGUAUAGACGCAAACAUAUAACAAUGGAUAAAUUAAUAAGUUUUGGAACAUUUUAAAAUUUUGAAUUAUGAAAUGUACUACACUAAUUGCUUUGAUAAAAAUUCAUAUUUCAUUUGUCGCACAGUUGAAAAUUAUUUUGUCAUCAACAUCAGUAUUAUUCAUAAAAGGAAAGUUUUUUAAACAUAGUUGUAAAACGCUCAUAUGUUUAGCUUUCUUUUCUUAUUUCGAAUAUAAUUUUAUUUUUAUUUGUCGAAUUAAAGACAAGGUUAUCUGCCGAAGUGAAAGGGGCUUUUGUGGAGGGUGUUUGAAGGAAAUUGGCUUGUAUGUAUUUUACAUAUAUGAGAGAACAUGAAAAGUUAUGCAGUGACCCCCAUUGAUCAGAAUUUGAAUCUGAGUGGAAUUUUCAGUGUUAAAGAAGUUUUAUGCAUUCGGUCGCUAGUUAUCAUUUAGAAUAGUGUUUCUCAACCUUUAUUGGCCUGUGGACCGACAAAAUUUGUGAACAAAUUUCGGAACAAAUUUCGCGGACCGGUGGUUAAAGCACAUGCACACGGACAAGCAAAGUGCUCUCCUGGAAUUAAACUAUGGUUGAAAAAAUUAUUAAACUUUUAAGUUGUUAAUGCGCUCAUAAUUAGGAAAUACCCGAUUCUUGUUUAAUAGGGGUAGGGCCUGAGGACCAGGUACCCGGGUGUGUAUAGCAUUCUGCAGUGAAACCAACCUAUACCUCUGAAUGUUCUCCAGAAUGUUUGUCACAUUUCGCUACCGCUUCAUUUACACCGAUGGACUUUACUGCAUCCCAGAAUUACUGUAACCCUUUCUCUGCUCUGAGCUCUCCAUCUAGUUUUUUUAAAAAAUGCGAGAUGUAACAAGCGACAAAUGUGAGCAUACUCUAGUGUUGUAAACCUUCAAAUACAAAAUUUUCAACCUCUUCAUGUCGCUUUUCUUUGCUCAAGUGGCAACGGCUGAAAUAAUCGGAAUUCAUAAUAACAAUUGAAUUUGGUUAAAAAACUUCAUUGUCAUUUGCUUAACUUCUGUUUUCUUGUAAAUGAAAUUACUUAAAGAAGUUCGUUCUAUUUAUUACACUAAUAAUACAGCUGCCAUUAUUCAAUGGACUUCAAAAAAUAAUAAGCGUUUCUCCACUGAAAACUAAUAUAUCUUGUUUAGACUACUCAUUACCCGCAAAUACACGUUCGUGGCACAACAAUAGGUCUCAUAAUACUAAUGAAUGUAAAUUAAACAGACAAUAACAGACAUGUUGAGAAAGCUUGAGAUAAUGUGUUGCGCAAUAUGCAUGUCAGAUUUUAGUUAUUUUCUUUUGUAAACGACGGUAGGUAUAUUGUCAUAAUACUUCUGAAUUUGGAAGGACUGGCAAAUAGUGUUUACAGACCGGCCCGUGGACUGUCUGUUGAAAAACACUGAUUUAGAACAUAACAAACUAAAAUUUUACUCAAGUAAACAGUAGUUGUGGAACGUAUGCCAUUUGGAAACAACAUUAAAAUUAAUUUUCAUCGCCUGAAACUUUUACAUUCACUACACUGGCUUCUACAUGCACAUUAAAAACUGGAAUAAAUCGAAAAAACAAUUAUGAAAAGAAUGAAACAAAGAAAAUUUCCUUUAAAUUUAGCCAUUACUUACAACCGAACUAAAAAAAAAAGGAAAAUAUCAAGUGAAAGAACUAAUAAUGGUUUUUGCAGUGAAAAAAAAAAAACUGAAGGAAGGUCUUAAAAUGCAAACGCGUGAGAAUCGAAGUAACAAAUUAUUCUUUUUAUUUUCUCCUCUUAAGAAAAUAUUUCUUGGAAGGUACCAAAUUCGCAAAUGCCAUGUGUGUUGAAAAUACAAACAACAAUUCCCCUCUGCUCAUUAGCGGAGUCCCACAAAAGUACGCACUGUCCGAGGUGUCGUAAAAUAAAAUAGUCCUCAAGUGCUAGAAUUCCUAUCCCUGUGACCAGCAAGAAGCUGUCUUAAGACCCCAGUUGCUGUACACUUAGCUUGGGACAUAUAUGUCCCAGCCCUCGGGAAAAGGUUAAUAAACUGCAUAAAACAUUCAUAUUUAGAUUGCUAAAUAUGAAUAUUUUGUACAUGUGAUAGCAUGUUCAUAUAUAUUCUUCACCAGAUUCACAAAGUAUUCAUAAAUUGUUAUAUAAGUGACCAGUGAGUUUCCGGAGUGGUUAGACUUUCAGGCUUUGGUCUUAACACAUAUCUGUAUGUAUUGAAAAUUAUGCAAAUUUCAUUUAUUGAAAAGGCAAAAUGAAAAUUAAGUUGAUACAAGAUUUAGAUAUUCUGAGCAUAAAAUUAAAUGAAUCCUUAAAUAUGUACUAUAUAUGACAUCAGAUUCAAAAUUCCAUGAAGAACUAUCAGUCAUGUAUUUAUGUAUGAAAAACUGAUGAAAAGUUUUCAAUACAAAAUGCGAUUAACACUUGUAGUUAUGGAUAUUAUGCAGUGUGAUGAUGUAAACGAUGAAUUAGAAUUUAUGGGUAAACAGGAAAAAAGGGCUUUAAUAAAUUUUGAAUUAUGAUUUUAAAAAUGUGUAAAAGAAAUAAUGCAUUUGAUAUUUUAGUGAUUUAUGACCUUUUUUACAUUUAUAUGUGAUGUUUCUGUGAAUAUACAUUGCUAUGUGUUUUGUAGCUAUUGCUGCAAAAAGCUUAUUUGUUCAAUGUCUUAAAUGCAAGUAUCUUCACAAAAUAAGGAGCAAUUUACUAUGUUUUCGGUCAGUCAUUGUUAGCAUUUUGUUUUCUGAAAGUCUGAAUUCACUGUCCUUUAACUUUUAGAUUAUAUUUAAAUAAUUUUCUGGCCACAUUUUGCUAUAAAUUCUACAGAAAUACACUGCAAAGUAAAAUUAAAAAAUGGAAUUAUACUAACUUUUGCUGUAUUUCUGGAAUACAAAAAAAGUUGUGUUCUGAAGUUACAUAAAAUUGCCAAUUCUUGCCUGCCAAGAGUUUUCAUGCUUUAUUAUCCUUUUUUUCAAAACUAAUUACUUAAUGAAAAAAAACUCCGUAUGCACAAUAUAAUGUUAAAAAAAUCAAGUGAAAUGUUAAUUUUGAUCUAAAAAAAUGCUGUUGGCUAUGUUUCUAGAAAUUGAUUUACAAAUGUAAAUUUCAACUUAAAGUUUAUUUAAUAAUUUUUAUUUAGCUAAUACUAGUAAUUGAUGUUAAUUGUUUCAUUCCUGGUGUAUAUAGGCCUUCCUACGGAAAUGUUAUUCUAAAUUCUGUACUGAAAUUUUUUUUGAAACGUUACUAGUGCAAAACUUGUCCAUUUAGCCUUUUUCUCAUAGUGAUAAAAUUACUGCCCUAGAUAUCACUCUUGACAGUAAAAUUUCAAUAUGCUUCUGUUUUCAGGAGUUCAAAAUCACUCUUGACAGUAAAAUUUCAAUAUGCUUCUGUUUUCAGGAGUUCAAAAUUAAUAUAAAAUCUUUCAGAACAAUUUAUACUUCAUAUCAUAAAAACAUUUUGUUCAAGGAUAUGUAUGAGUUUUAUUUACACUGUCAGUUAAAAAUUGAUAAAUAUGCUUUAUACAGUAAAACUCAUUAUUUGGACUAACUGAGGUCAUAGCCCAUUCCAUGUAAUAAAAAUGUCUGGAUAACUGAGUGUUCCAUAAGUAUCUUUUUUUUUUAAAUGAUGCCAUGUGCAUUAGCUUGUUAA